AUGGCUGAGAAACGAAAACGGCCCACGAAAGAUCCCGCUCUGACUGAUUUGCAGUCUUCCAAACAUGCUAGGGACGACAAGCCUCUGGAUGGCUCGAUUUACCAUCCAGUGCUUUCACUUUACUAUUCCCGAGUCGUGACGCUCAGGACUUUCCUCUGCGAGCAGCUGCCACUGUCGUCCAAGUCGCGAAAGAAAAAAGUCGCGUCUCUCGGCCUGGAGAAACGGAAUAGCUUCGACCAACCCCCCUAUCCCUCCGCUUCCCAGGAAGUUGGCACAAGGUUUAAGACCGAUGAGGAAAUACAAGACCUUGCCGGCACCCUGGACUCAACGCUGGUGGGUAUUUUGAGGGAGCAUGACAACACUAUCAAUGUUUCCCGGCAGAAAGAAUUCGCUUCUUUUACUCAAUCCCAAGCCCUUUCCUCGCUGGAAUGCACUGAUGUUGGUGCAACUACAUCCCAGCCAGAUAUUGUCGACUUCGCCAUCCUCACUCUGUUCAAUAGCUAUCGCGGCUCCUUCUAUAGACCGCCGCAUUUACUCUGUCAUGGUUUCCAGAGAGCAUCUAAUCAAUGCCGCCCAAAUCAUGAACAUGAUCCAAUGUCUGGCAUCCGCGGCAUUGUCCCUCAGUAUCCAAAUAAAAAUGUUUCAAUACUGAAGAACUCACCCUGGACUGACGUCCUUGACCUCCUCGGGAAAAACUGUGAAGAAAUUAUGCUUCACUUACUCCUGGACUGCAGCAUAUUUAUCCAGGUAGAUGAGAAGAAUUGUAUCUUUUAUCAAUUGAGUGGAAUCCCACUAUCAGAACUCAGCAUUUUAGAAUCAGCACCCAAUGCCAAACUGUCUCAAAGUGCAGUGGAGAACCCCACAGGAGGUGCAGUAGCAAUGACUCCUAAGUCAGCUAAUAAAGUCCUUCACACUCCCGCAACUAUUACCUUUGUGAGAAGCCGUAUGCUGUAUGCGCGCCCUGCGUUAAAUGCAAAAGGACGAGUCCGAUUCGGCCUCAGACAUAUUCAUGUUUUCAACAGAUAUCCGCAGAGCAAUAACCGGAACCAUACCUUGCAUAUACUGAAAUACAUUUUUCCACGACAAUUCGGUCUUCAUAAUGUUUUUACUUCUCGUGUGAACCCUAAGGAAACCACCCAACCGUUCAAGGACUAUACUCUGCGCGAGGAAGAGAUAUCAUACUUCAGGAACCAAAGGGACACAUCUCGGGAGGACCCUGAAAAAUCUAGCGAACUUCCAGGCAAAAUUCCGAAACGACUGCGUGGUGACCUUGUUGUCCUCAUCCAGAACUUGCAAAGGCGCCAUCAGCGGUGUCCUUAUGUAGAACUUUUACGUUAUUACUGCCCUAUUGAGAACACCCUUCCUCCGACUCUCGGCUUGGUGGGACCACAAUCUAAUAGUGCGUCCCGCCAAACAAGACCACCCAGUAAAUUCCAAAUGACAGACUAUGCUACCCCGCAUGUUGCGGUAUCCGCAUUUUGUCGGGGGGUGUUAGCUAAACUCAUACCCAAUGAACUGUACGGUUGUGGGGUUGAUGGAAUUAAGAAUAGAAAUAUUAUCCUGCGCCACGUCGAUACUUUCGUACAGAUGCGCAGGUUCGAGAGUUUAUCAUUGCAUGAGGUUUCACAAGGCUUAAAAAUUACUUGUGUCAAAUGGCUGCAGCCCGCCUGCCCCAACAGAAUUCAGGGUCUCCCGUCCGUCAAGCUUUCGUCUUCAGAUAUCCGUAAAAGGACUGAGAUAUAUCUUGAAUUUGUUUACUAUAUAUUCGACUCCAUCCUCAUCCCGUUGAUUCGCUCAAACUUCUACGUCACGGAAUCUGGCGUCCAUCGUAAUCGUUUGUUCUACUUCCGACAUGAUAUAUGGCGGCGGCUUACAGAGCCAACGAUUGUACAGCUAAAGCGCUCGACAUUCGAGGAGGUCAAAAAAGAAACUGCGGAGCAAAUUUUAAGCUCCCGCAAUUUGGGUUACAGUCUUCUAAGAUUACUACCAAAGUCAUCGGGCGCACGGCCAAUCGUUAACCUUAGGCGGAGACCUGUCCGAAAAUGCGGGUGGGGAGGCUUCAGCGAGCUAGGACCUAGCAUUAAUUCACUCAUGACUCCAGCGUUCAAUGUACUCAACUAUGAGAAAAUGCAGCGUUUGGGCUUACUUGGGGCCACCAUGUUCUCUAUUGGAGACAUCUACUCUCGGUUGAAAGCUUUCAAGCAGAGUAAGGUACCAGCCAAUGUGGCAAGGACUAAACCUUUUUAUUUUGUGAAAUUGGACAUCCAAUCAUGCUUUGAUACCAUCCCCCAACAACGACUAAUUCAAUUGACCCAACGGCUAGUUUCUGAGGACGAUUAUCUAAUAACCAAACAUGUAGAGAUCAGACCCGCAGAUGAAGCACCAGCAAAUAUCCCAGGUUGCCACUACAGGACGAAAGCCAAGCCGGUAAGGAAAUUCAUAUCUAGAGCGGCGGGUUUUACUGAUCUCACAAGUCUGUAUGAUGCUAUCGUCGACACAGAGUGUAAAAGAAAACGACAUACCAUUUUUGUUGGCACCCCGACGUACAAAAAAUAUCAGAAGAGGGAUAUCCUUCUCCUUCUCCAACAACACAUCCAGAACAACCUAGUGAAGAUCGGCAAGAAGUAUUUUCGGCAAAGGACCGGGAUUCCGCAGGGGUCUAUCGUUUCAACAUUACUUUGUAACUUUUUGUAUGCCGAGUAUGAACGGGAAAAGCUCGGGUUCCUGGACCACGACGACACACUCCUUCUUCGCUUCAUAGACGACUAUCUCCUCAUCACGACAAAACCCAGCGUUGCUGUUCAAUUCCUGCAAGUGAUGCUUAAAGGAAAUGAAGACUACGGUAUAUCUGUAAACCCGGAGAAAAUUCUGGUCAAUUUUUUGGUCACAAUUGACGGACGAAAAGUCCCUCGCCUCGUCGAGGCAUCCCAACGCCAGUUCCCAUAUUGCGGGAAUAUUAUCGAUACAUAUACCCUUUCCCUCACCAAGGAUCGCACACCGAAGGAUCCUAGCCUUACUACUUCGGAUACCAUAACAGUUGAUGCCACUAAGUCUGCUGGCAUCUCCUUUUACCGCAAGGCCCUGAACUCCUUUAAAAUCCAGGUCCACGCCAUGUUCCUCGACACGAAGCAUAACUCGACUUCAAUAGUAAUGGCAAAUCUCUACCAUAGUUUCCUCGAUUCAGCCAUGAAGUUGUAUGAGUAUUCACGUUCUCUGUGCCAGCGAGGAAUUCGAAGAUGGGUCAAAACCGCAACGAUGUCAUCAGCUCUCUUUAUGCGGACAAUCUCAAACCUCAUAGAAGUGGCCGUCCAUGUCAUACAGUCUCUCAAUUCGACUGCUUGCCGGACGAGCUCCGGAUUUGAUAGCAACAUUACAAGAUCUCAGAUUCAGUGGCUUGCGGCUACAGCGUUCCGGACAGUGCUUGGUCGUAAACAGACCAAGUUCAAGACGACGCUGCGUUGGCUGGAUGGGGUGAGUCGAGAAUCAAGGCCGAUAACUGAUGCCGAAGCGGUGAAGCUUCGAAAGGCGGUUAACGGGAGAGGGCCAUUUGAAUAG